UACGUGAGAGUUCGUCUUGUCUCUCUCGAGCUUCAUUCAACUCAAGACAUAACGUUGGAUUCUGUGCUGCCUACCUACUACUUUAACUCACCAUGUUUGUGCCAAGAUUACUCAAUAGCGGCAGAUGUUUCCUCCUGCUGCUGGUCGUGAGUGCGACCCUAUUAAUAGCCGAUGGCCAACAACAACACAACAACAACAACAACAACCGAUCAACGUUGUUGCGGUCCAUGUCGCAAGUUCGUUCAGCCCCCGCAACGACCAGCAGUUCAAAGACCGUCAGACAGGAGCCAUCGAUUCUCGUUGGCGGCGUCAAAUUAGCGCAGGAGCAGCAGCAAGUCGAUCGAAUUUCAACUCCGGAUUUGGAACCACGUCCAACACUCACAAUUCAGCCGGAGGAUCGACUUAAACUCCGGCAAAGCGUCAUGGAUCUUAACAAGAGGAGAAGGGUGACGGCCAUCAAACCGACCAUGUCUCCCGAUGUGAUUUCCACUCCAAACGUGUACCACUUCUUCUCCAAGAAACGUUUCGAACGGGUACGGUCCAACUUGACAGUGACGACAUCACCAACAUCAUCCACGACGGAAGCAUCCGCUCCAGUUGUCACACAAGCUGCUUAAAGUAAAGAGACUUAUCACAUUUUGUCAUAUAAGACCACUGCGCACCGCUGUACAGAUGAUACAAAAGAGAAAGAACGGGAGAGAGUCCAUCACGUUAUUGUUCAACCAGCACAAUGGGGGAAAAAAAGGGUAUGGCCGAUGUCAAUUUGUUUAAAAAUUCGCGAUCAAUAAACAAUAAACUUUCUUUAAAGUCGAACAAUAAUUUGUAUUUACACGAGAAUUUUUUUUAACAGAAACGAAACCAAAACCCCAAAAAGAGAAACUAAACUGUGAUUGGGGGAAAAGGUUUUCAAGAAUUCAACGGUGACUUGCUGAACCAAUUUCAUAGAGUGAUGGGAGGAAAAAAAUAUAUAUAUAAGCGAUACUAUAUACUCUCCAGAUUGAUACAAAUCCUCUUAAUUAUGUGCAAUUAGCUAAUUCCCUCUUUCCGUCCCUGAACCUAUCAUUUUAAGCGCUUUGAUAUGACAACAUGCAGACCAAAAAUUUAAAUAAUAAUAACAAAAAAAAAAGAAAGAAAAUUUAUGAAAAGAGGAAAUACGACCGUCACCGGGGAGUGGUGGCAGUCGAUCUGGC